AUGAAUGAGGAAGAAAAACUACUUGUUAAAGAGGCAGCCAAGACGGUGGAGUUUUUUGACUCUACAGAUAAAAUACAGACUGAAGCAAGUAAAGUUGCAGAGUUGAUUAGAAACUCACAGCACUGUGUUUGCUUUACAGGUGCAGGAAUUUCAACAUCAGCUGGUAUUGGAGACUAUCGUGGCAAAAGUGGUAAAUGGACACAACAAGAUCAGGAAAAGAUAACCAACUCAGAUCUGAGACCUACUUAUACACAUGAAGCCUUGCAUAAAUUAAUAGACAUGGGACUUAUCAAAUACAUCAUUAGUCAGAAUGGAGACGGGCUUCACAUCCUUUCUCAGGUACCUCCAGAUAAAAUAUCAGAAUUACAUGGUAAUGUGUUUAUAGAGAAAUGUGAACUAUGUGGUCAAAGGUAUGAAAGAUCUUCUGAAAUUAAAAAGCCUGCUCAUGCCAAACAAUGUCAUUUAUGUGGUUUGAGUCAUAGGACUAGUAGAAGAUGUACUGAAAAGGGUUGUAAAGGCUACCUGAUAGACACUAUCAUCAAUUUUAAAGAUAAUCUAGAAGAUGAGAUCUAUAAGAAAGCUGAAGAUCAUGCAAGUAAAAGUGAUGUAAUGUUAUGUCUUGGUACCACUUUACUAGUGUCUCCUGCUAAUGAACUAGUUGAAAUGACCAGAGAACCUCAAACUAUUGUGAUAUGUAACAGGUUAGCCAGUUUAUUUUGA